CGAUGAUACAUGGUUAAGUGGGGGAGCUUUUUCCGAAGGCAAUCGCAUUUAGCCGUAAAUUAACGACCUAGCUAAGGAAAGAGCUAGCUACAAACUGGAUUUAUGUUGUGGGGAUUAAGGAGUUGCCCACUGAUGUUAUGUUUGGGAACUGAAAACAAACGCAGCUAAUUGAGAUAUCCAACAUAACAAAACUCUACUGCAGUAUCUCAUCAUUAUUGUUGACUCUGCCUCCACCAUUGCCCCUUCCGCCGUGGCACUGGAACAUGAAGAAUGUCUGCUGUAUUACCAAAGACUGACCAGAAGGACGCAAUGAGGGGCUCCGGGGAAAGUUGCCAAGCUGCGUUGUGGAUCCAGUAGCUGGGAUUCCAAGUGCUUGUUGUGUUUGUGUGUGCGUGGGUGCAUGCUAGCACAACCUGCCCACUUCAGGCUGGGACAUGCUACUCUGAGACAGGAGUUGGACAAACAGAAAAGAAAGGAGUCGACUACCAUAAACAAGAAGGGGACAGCACGCGGUACAACAUUGGCAGAUAGACAUACUGUGUGUUUUGGUUGCAGUUUUACCCCUGUGGAAGUGGCUUUUAAUACACUGCAUAUUUCUAUACAACACCUUUCCUCUGUCUUUGUAUCACCUUCCCCCUCCCUUAAGAGUCCUGGUUGUUUUGGCCCCUCUGUGAUUUGCAUGGCCGGAGAGUAAUCGUGGAGAGGCCAGGGUAUCACAAGCUUAUGGAUUUUGACAAGAAAGGGAGUAAAGGAGAGACAGAGGAAGGGAAAAAGAUGUCUAAGGCAGCCGGCAGCAGGACUGGACAUGGGGGCCGGGGUACAGGGACCAACUCUGGGGUUCUUAUGGUUGGGCCAAACUUCCGUGUCGGAAAAAAGAUUGGCUGUGGCAAUUUUGGAGAGCUGCGGCUGGGGAAGAACCUCUACACCAACGAAUAUGUGGCCAUCAAAUUGGAACCGAUAAAGUCACGGGCUCCACAGCUUCACUUGGAAUAUAGAUUUUAUAAACAGUUGGGAAGUUCAGAGGGUAUUCCUCAGGUGUACUACUUUGGGCCAUGUGGGAAGUACAAUGCCAUGGUGCUGGAGCUGCUGGGGCCCAGCCUGGAAGACCUGUUUGAUCUCUGUGACCGCACCUUCUCCCUCAAGACCGUCCUUAUGAUAGCCAUACAGCUGAUAACGCGGAUGGAGUUUGUCCACACAAAGAGCUUGAUAUACAGAGACGUGAAGCCAGAGAACUUUUUGGUGGGGCGGCCGGGCAGCAAGAGGCAGCACACAAUCCACAUCAUCGACUUUGGGCUGGCCAAAGAAUACAUCGACCCCGAGACCAAAAAACACAUCCCGUACCGGGAGCACAAGAGCCUGACAGGCACGGCGCGCUACAUGAGCAUCAACACACACCUGGGGAAAGAGCAAAGCAGACGGGAUGAUCUGGAGGCUCUGGGUCACAUGUUUAUGUACUUCCUGCGAGGCAGCCUUCCCUGGCAAGGCCUGAAGGCAGACACUUUGAAGGAGAGGUAUCAGAAGAUUGGAGAUACCAAGCGAGCUACUCCAAUUGAAGUGCUUUGUGAAAGCUUCCCCGAAGAGAUGGCCACCUAUCUGCGUUACGUGAGGAGGCUGGACUUCUUUGAGAAACCUGAUUACGACUACUUACGGAAACUCUUCACUGACCUCUUCGAUAGGAACGGCUAUGUCUUUGAUUAUGAAUACGACUGGGUCGGCAAACCACUUCCUACACCGAUAGGCCCCAUCCCCAGUGACACACCCGCUCAGCCCAGCAGAGACAAAGCACAACAGCAGACCAAAAACCAGUCUCCUGAGCCCAAAGGAGAUGAGUCUCAGCGUCAGCCCUCUCCAAUGACCAAUAAGGAGACACUGGGGUCGUAUGUCACGGCCGAAAGGCUGGGGGGCUCUGUACAGGUGAUGAGCUCGACAAAUGGAGAGUUGAACACUGACGACCCGACGGCAGGACACUCCAACGCUCCCAUCACUGCUCCCACCGAGGUGGAGGUGGCUGAUGAUACAAAGUGCUGUUGUUUCUUCAAAAGGAGAAAGAGGAAACCCCUCCAGCGGCACAAGUGAAGAGAAGAACUUGAAACAUUCUGGUCACUGUCAAGUUUUAAAUGGAAGCAACUACACAGAUCACCCAUCUUAUCUCUUUCCCAAUCUCUCUUUCUUUCUCUCUUCUCUCUCUCAGCACUCCCCUGCUACAGACGUGUAAAGGAAUGUUGUCUUUCAGACUCUGGCUCCUUUAAAAAAAGAAAAGAAAGAAACAUUUUAAAGUACCUGCAUAUAGUAAAGGGAGAUUGAGAGAACGUUAAAAGCUGUAUAAAUGAAACGUGAAUACAGUGACGUGAAUAUAUAAAAAAAGAUACUGUUUGAAACAGUUGUUGUAUUUUAGAUUCCAUACAGAACAUUUUCUGUUCAACAGCCAUUGAUCUGAGGGAACUGUCAAUGAGUCGAGUGAAAGAAAUCUGUUCCAUAGAAAUAGUCCUUUAUUUAUGGGAUCAAGGUGAGAAGCAAGAAUGAACAAUACUAACUCUGGAAUCACUGAACGCAACAGGAAGCAUUUCAUCUAAACCAGAAUUGGAGGAUCUUUAUGCAUUUUUUUCCCCUUUUUUUUGUAAUUUAAUCCUCAGUAGUUUUCAAAGUUGACUUCCUGGAUUGAAAACAAACUUUUACUUUUAUGUUGUAGUGUUUCUGGAAAUCUUUGUAGCACAGUCACUGGCCUCAGGUACUGUGGAAGAUUGAAAGAAACAGAUAUUAAGCUCUUUUCUUAUUAUUGCACUUUUGAAAGAAAAUAAAGUACAGUGGAAUUAUAGGUUUGAAAUUAACAAACAAGAAAACAACAAAAUAAAGACUGAUCUAGGAAUAGUCCUAUACAAUGCUUAAAUCUGAGUAAGGGCCGAAAUGUCAAUCUACAUGAAACAAGAUGUCUUUCAGUUUUAUUUCUUACAUCAGAAUAAUUAACCAGGAAAUCAUAGUUUGUGCCUUUCCAAGUAAAAUGUUUAAAGCUCAA